AUGAUGUGCGAGGCACGGCUGAUCUCCCCGGAGCUCUCUGGCCCCAUGCAGUACUAUGGGGAGUCGUCUGACACUUACUUCCACCUGGAUCGCUGGCAGAGGCUGCGCACAGCUGUCAGGAAGUUGGAGUUCUGGGAAAAUUUCAACACCGAGCUGAUAGGCAGCGGCUUCUUCUCCAAGGUCUACAAGGUGACCCAGGCUGCUGCCUGUAAAGUGAUGGUGGUGAAGAUCUACAAGAAUGACGUGGACCAGGAGGUGAUCGUGCGUGAGAUCAGCUUGCUGCAGAAGCUGUCCCACCCCAACAUUGUCAGGUACCUUGGAAUAUGUGUGAAGGAUGACAAGCUGUACCCCAUUCUGGAGUACGUGAAUGGAGGUUGCCUGGAGGAGCUCCUAGCCAGCAAAGACAUUGCUUUGACGUGGAAGGAAAAAGUGGACUUAGCUUCUGACAUCACCAGAGGCAUGAUCUACCUGCACUCUAAGAACAUCUACCACCGAGAUCUCAAUUCCAAGAAUUGCCUCAUCCGAGUGACGCCGCGGGGCCGGGAGGCACUGGUGACAGACUUCGGGCUGGCCAGGGAAGUGGUGGAGCUGCCUGUGAAGGAUGUGGAGAGGAAGCUGUCUCUGGUGGGCUCUGCUUUCUGGAUGGCUCCUGAGAUGCUGCGGGGAGAGCCCUAUGACCGAAAGGUGGACGUGUUUUCCUUUGGCAUCGUCCUUUGUGAAAUCCUGGGCAGGAUCCCAGCCGACCCUGAAGUGCUUCCCAGGACGCAGGAUUAUGGCUUGGAUGUUGCUGCCUUCCAAGGGAUGAUCGGUGAAUGCCCCAAGCAGGUGAUGGACCUCGCUGCUAGCUGCUGUUGGGUGGAGGCAUUUAAGCGUCCGUCUUUCUCUGAAAUCCUGGAUGAACUGGAGGAUGUUGCAGAGAGCCUGGAGCCUAGGAGGGACAAUCAGCUUUUGGCCUGA